AUGCUGACGAGGAAGAACUCCUCAGGACGUCUAGGAGUAACUCCAUUUUCUGGACGAGAUAGCUUGGUAGCUUUGUCUGAUCUCCUAACAUCGCAACAGAAGAAACUUAACAAACCUGAUUACGUCGAGAGCGAACGACUUGAGUUCGCUUUGAAGAUCGCUUGUUGUAUUUCGCUAGUCACCGUCUGCCUGCACACACCGAAAACACUCGGACUAUGGUGGCCACUCACCUAUAUAGUGCUAUUCUUGGAUUUCAUCUCAAUUUUGAUACUCACUUCCGAGGUGGUGAUACGACUGCACUACGAAGGAUUGUACCCGGCUAACUCCUCAUACCUACACAACCGGUGGGCACAAUUCGAUAUGUUUAUGGUCGCAUCACAUUGGAUGUCAUGGAUAUUGCAUUUCUACCAGUUACUGCUGAUUCACUUUCCAAUGACUUCUUUCCCAUAUGAGGACUGGUUUGGCGUCAUUAGAUCAGUUCGACCGUUCAUAAUCAUCCGACUGAUUAGGCUCGCCAUUAAGUUUAAGCUGCCAAAGGCGAGAAUCGAGCAGUUGCUGAAGAGGUCAAGUCAGCAAGUGCAAAAUGUCACCGUGUUUUUUGUGUUUUUCAUGGCAUUAUAUGCCAUUGUAGGGAUCCAAUUGUUUGGUAGAAUGGAUUAUCACUGUGUUGUACCCAGCACAGACCCCAAUAAUGUUACCAUAGCCGAUUUGGCGAUACCUGACACGAUGUGUUCCCAAAAAGGAGGUGGAGGGUAUGAGUGCCCUGGAGAAAUGGUCUGUAUGCGGCUCAAUUUGAACGCAAAAUCCGAAGGAUUUUAUGGAAUGUUCAAUGAUUUCGGAGCCAGCGUUUUUACAGUAUACCUAGCAGCAUCUGAAGAAGGAUGGGUUUACGUUCUCUACGACUGUAUGGAUUCCUUGCCAUCACAUUUGGCCUUCAUCUACUUUCUGACGCUCAUCUUUUUCCUGGCUUGGCUGGUUAAGAACGUCUUCAUUGCUGUAAUAACGGAAACGUUCGCCGAAAUUCGUGUGCAGUUCAGUGAAAUGUGGCAGAAGAAAGAUGUGACGCUUGACGAAGAGUUCCGCCAGAAGCUCGAAAAAAACGAGGACGGAUGGCGUCUAAUACGUCUCGAUGCCGAUGUGAGCGUCGAGGGCAGGAAACUGAAGCUGCAAAAGUUUUUGCGGACGAUGGGAUUCCAAUGUUUUGUCAUCGUUUUCGUACUGUCGAACGCCAUUAUCAACGCCUCGUUUGUCUACCGACAUGAUAAAAGUGACAAGAUCAGGAAGAAAUACUACUAUUUUAUUGAGGUUGGAUUCACCCUGCUUUUCAACCUGGAAUGCUUGAUCAAGAUCAUCUGCUACGGGUUCAGAAAUUUUCUGCGGAGAGGAAUUUUCAAAUUUGAAUUGAUCUUGUGCAUUGGCAGCUCGCUGAAUGCCAUCAAGUAUUUCUACGAUAGGAACUAUUUCACCUAUUUUCAAGCUUUUCGCCUUCUUCGACUAAUAAAGGCGUCUCCAAUACUGGAGGACUUUGUGUGGAAGAUCUUUAGUCCCGGCAAGAAACUUGGUGGUCUUGUAAUUUUCACCAUAACAUUCGUCAUCAUUGCCUCUGCCAUCUCCUUGCAGCUCUUCUAUGCUGUUCCAAACCUUGAGUAUUUUCAUACAUUCCCUCAGGCAUUCAUGUCAAUGUUCCAAAUCAUUACUCAAGAAGGAUGGACGGAUUUUGUGGUGGAGGUGUUACGGGCCACUGAUGAUAAGCUUGUGCCUUUCGUAGCAGUCUAUUUUGUUGCGUACCAUCUUUUUGUUACUUUGAUUGUCCUGAGUCUCUUUGUCGCAGUCAUCCUUGACAACCUGGAAAUGGAUGAAGAGCUGAAGAAAGUCAAGCAGCUGAGGGCAAGAGAGGCCACUACAUCCAUGCGAUCCACCUUACCUUGGCGAUUAAGAGUAUUUGAAAAAUUUCCAACGCGACCACAAAUGGCAGCAAUGAGGAGGGUAGACUCCGAGUUCCCCAUGCCAAAAGUUCGUGAUAGUUUUGCCCACCAAUUUGCAUUAGAAGGAGUCGAUACAGAACUGUACGACCAAGACGAGGACCGUCCGAAAACUGUGCUACAGUUGUCCAACACGAAGCGUUUCCACCUAGAUGAGCCUCAUUUUCGUCACAUUGGUAGUGUCUCUCUGAAGACAAGCAUAGCAAACCUUCUAGAAAUAUCGGAUCGCACUCGUCAGUCUGUCACGAACUCCCUUAACUUUUUACCACACUUUUCUCGUUCUUCUGGGAGCCUACACCCAAGGAAAGACGCUUUGCCCAAAUCGAGGACCAUGACCGGUAAAUUUCUACAGACGGCAAUGCGCACUAAACAACUGCUUUAUAAUGAAAACGGUGACCUUUCCCGGCCAUCUGAUUCGGCACCGAAAAAAGAAUUGAAGCAAGGAGAGAUCGACAUACGAGCUCUUCAACAGAAGCGACAUCUUGCGGAAAUUACCAGAACACGUAUCGAAGAGGACAUGCGCGAGAAUCAUCCAUUCUUUGAUCGUCCACUCUUCCUGAUUGGCAGAGCUUCGAAAUUGCGAGAGUUUUGUAAAAAGGUCGUUCAUUCGAAAUAUGACUCAGAUUAUGAAGGGACCAACGGAGGCUCGAAAACAAAGCGACGAUUUAAGGAGAUAAGGGCACUAAUAGGAAUCAUGCCAUACUUGGACUGGGGCAUGGUGACCAUAACAGUUUUUUCCUGCAUAUCUAUGCUCUUUGAAAGUCCAUGGCCGACUACUGGUGAAAAUCUUGUGAUGAACAAUCUCUAUUUACAGAUUGGAGACUACAUAUUUGUUAUAACGAUGACAUUUGAGCUGCUGCUCAAAAUAAUUGCUAAUGGACUGUUCUUCACUCCAAAGGCAGUCAUCAGCGACGUAGGAGGAGUUAUGACUAUGUUCAUUUAUUUUACCAGUCUCGCCUUUCUCAUAUGGAUGCCCCAUCAUGUUGAGAUCAACUCAUUUGCCCAACUACUGAUGAUAUUUCGAGCGAUGAGGCCCCUUCGGAUUUAUACUCUUGUUCCCCAUAUCAGGAGAGUUGUACUGGAAUUCUUCCGCGGGUUCAAAGAAAUUUUACUGGUAACAAUCUUAAUGAUUGUCGUUAUGUUCAUAUUUGCAAGCUUUGGUGUACAAAUUGUUGGAGGAAAGUUAGCCGCCUGUAAUGAUCCAACUGUUUUGUCAAGGGAAAAUUGUACGGGUAUUUUUUGGCAGAAAAUUUUCGUUACGCGUUUAGAAGUCUAUGGAAAAAAUGAUGAAGAGAUGCAUCCAAAAAUUCUUGUGCCAAGGGUGUGGACUAAUCCGCGAAAUUUCAACUUUGACCACGUUGGCAAUGCUAUGUUAGCUUUAUUCGAGACUCUGUCCUACAAAGGAUGGAAUGUAAUUCGAGAUAUUCUUUAUAGCAGACAAGGACCUUGGGCGGUAGUAUUCAUUCAUAUAUAUGUUUUCAUAGGAUGUAUGAUAGGACUGACAUUGUUUGUUGGCGUUGUUAUUGCUAAUUACACUGAAAACAGGGGAACCGCCCUUCUCACUGUUGAUCAAAGAAGGUGGCACGAUCUGAAAGCUCGCUUGAAAAUGGCACAACCUCUGCAUGUUCCUCCAAAACCAUCAGAAUCUGCGAGGCUACGGACGCUUUUCUAUGAGCUAUCGCUCAGCCGGCGAUUUAGUCAGAUAGUGCUGAAGGUGCUCGCAUUCACAUUUGCGGGUUUCUGGCAGUCCCGACGUAAUCGAAUUGAUCUUCUAAUUACAUUUUUUGGUCUGUUUUGGAUAUUCAUGCACUUCUUCGUGGCACUUCCUUCAAGCUCGUACAAACCAGCGACGGAGGCUAAGCUAAAAAGAUUCACCUACACAUUCGGCUACAUUAUCGUCAUUUUGCGUUUCUUCACCAUUGCCAGUGAGUUUCAAGCAUUCUUAUGGAACAAAUGA